GUCCCAGCCUCAGUGUGCAUGACUGCAAACUGGGCGGAACCAUGAGGGGUCCCUGCGAGAAGUCUGGGGAGAAUGAAGAGCAGGAGGAGGAGGCAGCAGCCGCUGGGCGUCCUGCAGGGGUCCCGGAGGCCGAGCGGGGUUCAGAUGUAGAUUGUGACUCUGACCUGAAGACUGGUGGCACCCACGGGCUUGGAGAACUGGUCAAGGACACCCUCCAACUGAGGUCUUGCCGGGCCCACAGCAUUGUGCCUGCCUCCUGCUCCCUGCACCAGGGAAGCGCCCCAGAGCUGAGCCUGCAGCGUCUUGGCCUGCAGCCCCAGGGGGCCCGGGCUCUGCCUUCCACAUUGACCUCCAAUCCCGAUGUCAACUGGCUGGAUCGGGACAGUGGGCUCUGUGGGGCCGGUGCAGAGGCCCUGGCAGGUGCCCUGAGCAAAAGCAGCAGCAUCUAUGAUGUGGAGCUGUCAGAGAACCAGCUGGGAGUGGUAGGUACCCAGGCUGUGUGUGCCACCCUCACAGUGAACUCGGCCAUGAAGAGGGUACAGCUGGCAGAGAGCUGCCUGGAGGAGCAGGCGGCCCAGUACCUUGAUGAACUGCUGGCCUACACGGGCCUGAAGUCCCUGGACCUGAGCUAUAACCAGCUGAGUGACCAAGCAGGGGAGAUGCUUGGACCAGCCCUCACAGAAAACACAGGACUCACCGAGCUUAACAUAAGCUGGAAUCACCUUUGAGGCACAGGAGCCAUGGCCUUUGCCAGGGGUCUGGAGGCAAACAUCAUCCUGAGAGUCCUGGACAUCUCAUGCAAUGGCUGUGAAGAUCCUGGAUCCUCCAUGGUGGGUGAGGCACUUAAGACUGACAACGUGUUGGAGGAACUCGAUAUAAGCAACAACUGCAUCUCUGCGGUGGGAGCCCUGAGCCUGGGCCUGGGCCUCCGGGUCAACCAGACACUGAGGAUGCUUGUUGUGCCCAGGAAUCCCAGACAAAGUGCAGGCUGCUUGGGUGUUCUCCAGGCUGUCCAGGAGAAUCCAGUGUCUGCCCUGGAACUGCUGGAUUUCUCUGUAGGAGCUUUUCAUAAGCCCCACCUCGGACACUCCCCACAGCCCCACUUGAGUCAAAGCCUCUCCAGAGAUGUGUUUUCACAGUUCCAGCCCUCAGGCUUGGGACACCUGGUGUCGAACGUCCUUGUUUCCUUCUACCUGCCUCAUCUCUACAGCUCCACAGGCAGAGGAUUCCAGGUGAGCAGAGAGUUUGAUGACCUCACCAGCUCAGUGAAGGUCAUUCUCCCAGGGCUUUGCAUAAAGAUUGCUGCCUGCAGAGUGGAGUACAAAACAGAGUUGCUGUCCCACCAGCGUCUGCCCCUAAAUGACUGUGGAGUGUGGCUUCCUCAUCUUCUGUCGGCCACUUCAACUUCCACAUGGAGGGUUCUGGGCCUUGCCAUGCCUUGUUACCACCUGAUUCUGCACUGA